CCGUCAAGGCAGCAGCCAGUAGCUACCCCAAAGUCCCAAACCCCGUCACACGCACCCAAUCCCCAAACCCGCAAAUCCAUCCCCCUCCCAGUCCACUCCUCCGGAGCCCGGCCAUGGCCUGCUCCUUCGCCACCUCCACCGUUGUCUCCUCCACCCCCACCCCCAAGCCCCUCGCUACAGCCCUCACGCCGCAGUGUCUCUCCAUCUCUCGGGCGCCCCUCGCCACCGUCAGGCCCCUCCGCCUCGCCGCCGCCUCCAGAUCCGCACGGACCAGCGGCUUCGUCGCCCGCGCCGGCGGAGUGGAUGAAUUGCCAUUGGUCGGGAACAAGGCGCCUGACUUCGACGCUGAGGCCGUGUUCGACCAGGAGUUUAUCAACGUGAAGCUAUCUGAUUACAUCGGCAAAAAGUAUGUGAUUCUCUUCUUCUACCCAUUGGACUUCACCUUCGUCUGUCCAACAGAGAUUACUGCUUUCAGUGACAGACACGAUGAAUUUGAGAAGAUAAACACUCAGGUUCUUGGUGUUUCAAUCGACAGCGUGUUUUCCCAUCUUGCAUGGGUGCAGACAGACAGGAAGUCCGGUGGGCUUGGCGAUCUGAAAUACCCACUAAUUUCUGAUGUUACUAAAUCAAUUUCUAAGUCCUUUGGUGUCCUUAUCCCUCAUCAGGGAAUUGCGUUGAGAGGACUCUUCAUCAUUGACAAGGAGGGGGUAAUCCAGCACUCUACCAUCAACAACCUUGCCAUUGGGCGCAGUGUGGACGAGACCAUGAGAACCCUUCAGGCUCUACAGUAUGUCCAAGAGAACCCGGACGAGGUCUGCCCGGCAGGAUGGAAGCCCGGGGAGAAGUCCAUGAAGCCUGACCCGAAGGGGAGCAAAGAGUACUUCGCGGCCAUCUAGGUGCGAGAAAAUGCUUUGGGGCCUGUCCCGAUGGCGCUGCUGUGUUGUGCGUGUUCCCGGUGAAUGUGGAGUUUUGUUGCUUUUGCGAGAGCCUGCGUUUGGCCGUUUGGGUCGCGUUGACAUCUUCUUUGCUGUUGUGAACCAGUGUAGUAGCACAUGUGUAUCAUGCAACCUUCUACCCAAGAAUAAGGUUCUAUUUCGGCCGUAUAUUAAAGACAUUUGAAGCCUA